AGGAGGGUUUUGGAGCGGGGGCUGGAGCUGGAGCUGUGAAAUGGCUGCCAAGGUGUUCGAGAGCAUCGGGAAGCUCGGCCUGGGCUUAGCUGUGGCGGGUGGAGUGGUCAACUCUGCUCUUUACAACGUGGACGCAGGACACAGAGCUGUGAUUUUUGACCGUUUCCGGGGCGUUCAGGACGUGGUGGUGGGGGAGGGCACCCAUUUCCUGAUCCCCUGGGUGCAGAAACCCAUCAUCUUCGACUGCCGCUCGCGGCCCCGCAACGUCCCCGUCAUCACCGGCAGCAAAGGUGGGUGCAGAGCCCAYGGGGUGGGGAAUUGGGGUGUCCUGAGGGUCCUUCCCACCCCGGCUGGGCCAAGAGGAUGGGGAUGGAUUUGGGAUCCCACAUUUCCUGGGAUCAUGAUGGAUUUGGGAUUCCCCAGUUGUCCCGUUUCCCUGGGUGAUCCUCCUGUCCCAUCCCGGUGCCACCGGUCCCGUUUCCCCCCUGACCCCCGUACUCUGUGCCCCCAGACCCACCUGACGUUUGGGAAGGAGUUCACGGAGGCGGUGGAGAUGAAGCAGGUGGCGCAGCAGGAGGCAGAGCGGGCGCGCUUCAUCGUCGAGAAGGCGGAGCAGCAGAAGAAGGCAGCGGUGAUUUCAGCCGAGGGCGACUCCAAGGCGGCCGAGCUGAUCGCCAACUCGCUGGCCACGGCCGGGGACGGGCUGAUCGAGCUGCGCAAGCUGGAGGCGGCCGAGGACAUCGCCUACCAACUCUCCCGUUCCCGAAACAUCACCUACCUGCCCUCGGGACAAUCCGUGCUGCUGCAGCUGCCCCAGUGAGCCACGCCUAAAAAAAAACCCGAAAAAAAUCAAAAAAAAAGAAAAAAAAAGAAUCAUCGCAGUUUCCUCACAGAGGAAAUGGAAAUUUGGGAAUCGGAGGGAGUUUUUUGGAGGGUAAUGGAAUAAAAGUGAUGGUGGUGAUA